GGAAGACGACAGUCGUACGUCGAAACAUGUCAGCAUUCACUGUAAAUCAGGGAAGUGUUACACUGGUGCUAAAACCUGGGAGGCUGGUAAAGAGCCAUUGCCAUGGAGUCCCCAUUUAAGUGAGCUGAUCCAUGCCCUCGUCGCCACCCAGCAGAACCAGCACCAGGCGCUGGUUGCCAUGAAAACCGAGCAGGAGCGGCGCUUUGAGGCUCAGGUGUGGGCCCAACAGGAUGACUGCCAGGCGCUCCUGCAUCUCAUCAACCCUGCAGAUGCACCAGCCCCGGAGCCCGCGGGAUUCUCACACAUCACCCUCACCAAGAUGGGGCCGCCCAAUGAUCCAGAGGCAUUUCUGGACCUGUUUGAGUGGUCCAUGGAGACGUGGGGGUGGCCAGACGAGCAGCCUGCCUGUUACCACUACUGACCAGCGAAGCGCAACUACCCACAGAGAACCGGCUGGCAUAUGCCAACUUGAAGCAACUUGAAGCGAGUCAGCUGCUUCCUGGAGCAACAUUGGCAGCGCUUCCAUGACCUGACGCUGGAGGAGGUCGGCCUACCCUUCGCCUACGGCCAGCAGCUGCAGGAUGCCUGCUGGCAGUGGCUGAGAGCAGAGAACCAUGACAUUGAGGAAAUCAAUCAAUCAAUCAAUCAAUCAAUCAAUCAUUGACGCGGUGGCACUGGGGCAAUUCAUUGCUCAGUUGCCAAGGGGGACAGCAGAAUGGGUCCAAUGCCAUCACCCAGCGUUACUGGAUCAGGCCAUUGAGCUGGCAGAGGAUCAUCUGGCAGCGGUUCCGGUGGCAGUUGGGCAUCCAGCUUCUCUCUCUCUCUCGUUCUGUGCCCCCUUCCUCUUGUUCCUCCCCUCCCUCCCCACACCAUGGAAGCAGGGGCCAAUUCCCCUGCAGCCAGCUCCCCGAGCCCAUGGUUCUCCUUCCCCCUCUUCCCCGUGUGUUUCUGUGUCUUCCCCAAAGCUGAGUGUUCCGCACCCAAGCAAUGCAGAGGUGAGGCUUGGUCCGGUGUGCUGGCGCUGCGGGGAGCCGUGGCACUUCCAGGACCAGUGCCAGGUGAUGGAGGUUGGGGCAGUGGCCCAGGUUCCCAAUGCGCCAGAAGCUGCCCCUGAUCAAACUGGAACGUACCGCAUACCGACUGAUGUGUUGGACAGAGGGCUGGGGGCCGUUUUGUCCCAGAUGGUGGAGGAGCGCCCGGUGCCGUACAUCAGCCGCAAUCUCUCCAUGUGGGAGGGGAAGUACAGUACCAUCGAGAAGGAGCACUUGGCCAUCAAGUGGGCAGUGCUUACCCUCCGUUACUACCUUCUGGGAUGCCCUUUCACCCUCUGCUCGGAUCAUGACCCGCUCCAGUGGCUUCACCGCAUGAAGGAUGCCAACGCCUGGAUCUGGCCCUACAGCCAUAUCCUCGGACGACGGAACACUCCCAAGGCUACAAUGCGGAGCUGAGAACUCGGAUGAGAGACCAGGCCAUCAGGGCUCACCGAACCAGUAAGUGAUAACUUUGCAUUCUUGUUUAAAGAAAUUAGUGGAAACAGUAUUUAAAGAAUGAUACAAGAAAUGGACAGAGAUUGUCCCAGUCAAGGAAGACUGAUAUAAGAGACGGACAGAGAUUGUCCCAGUCAAGGAAGACUGAUAUAAGAGAUGGACAGAAGUUUGUCCGAGCCCAGGAGGACUGCUAAGCUGUGGUACCAUCAAUAUGUUUGCCGAAACGGAUAAAACACAAUUUUGAGACAAUAAACCGUGAGUAGUUUAUUGGGUUGUGUAAGAGAAUUAUCCGCCUAAGUGACGACUGGGUAAUCGCUUGCCUACUUGAGGAGGGGAAGAACGGGUGCGUGUUUCGACGGAUUCACGUUCAGCGAUUCGUAGGAAUUGAAUCUUGCUCCCUUUGUUCUGUGUGAACAACUGGCCCGUCGGAGGAACGGGAUAGAGAGGUUCGAUCACGAAAACGCAAAGACACACCGGUGUGCACGCAAAAUAUUGAUGAAUUAACAGAGUACUGUCCUCCUCCAAACUCUGAAACAGAGAAAUAGAUUUUGUACACAUGCGUGAGUUGUCUUUGAGGUUGUUGUGCUAAAUGAUACCUACUUUAGUUUAGGGCAAAUGUCAGAUAAAUUGUUUACUAAUAAGAACACACCUAAAGGAUUAUUGUGUUGCAUUUUUGGACAUAGUCCAACUUGUUCUUCUUGUGAUCCAAAUAAAAACUCAGCCACUGUUGUCAUAACCUAUUGAUAUAACAGUGUAUAAUGAGGCACAGAAACGGUAAGUUAGGGAAAGAAAAGAAAAAGCAAGUAAGCCUGAAGCUACAUGUGCUAUAAUAAGAAUUGGAUGUUCCUAUGACAGCCCAAACAUCCAGUUUAUGAAAACCUCGUAUGGUGAGGAUUGCUUAGCACAGUUUGAUAUAUGGAUAAAGGACUUAGAAUUCCCUGAAAAGGACAGUUUUAGUCCCAGGCAGAUAGAACGAUUAGAAGAAAAGUUGAAACGGAAGGAAAAAGAAGAGUCUGCAGAUAAUGUUAAGUUCUUAGGGGACUGGAGGGCGUUUUCUGCAUGGAAAGAAGAAACACUUAAGAGAGAGUACAAAAGAGAGAAAUGACAGGCAGGGCUCUCACCCUCUUCUCAGUGUUUGAAAUUUCAGACGGACCCUGACCUGGAGUCUGCCCCACCACCCCGACACACACUGCCUCCUCAGCAAGGCAGAGCAUCAUUUCCACAAGCGCUUCACCCACAGAAAGGGGGAGAAGUCGAGACAAAGAAAAAAAAAACUGAGCCUCUGGAAUCUCUCCCAGCCUACCAGCCGCCUCCAGCAUCAGUGCAUCUCAGCGCUUCUCCAUCACAUACGAGAUCCGGUCUUGCGUAUGGCAACGGAAGAGACACCCUCCUGGACCUGAUCACGUGCUCACCAGUGGGUCCACAAGGCUGUAACCUAAAGUCUGAAGUUCUUCAUCUUCCAGUGGUGGAAGUGGCUGGAGCUGACAGCAUGCUUCUAGUCCACAGACCCUGGACGACAGCUGACAUGAAGGAAAACAUGGCUUCUCUUCCCAACGUGAGAGAGGUAGGAGGAAAGAGAUUUGGUAAUGAACUGUUGAUGUUUUGCAGAGAAUUCCGACUGACCACCCAUGAACUUCGCCACCUAAUCAUGACCAAGAUGGGUAUAGAUAUGGAACAAGGUUUCCAAAGAGUGGCCAGAAGCUGACCAGCGAAUGACUAUACCAGACUGGGGCACGGCUGGCAAUGGUGAGUACAGAGAUACCAUCACUGCUCUCUGUGCUCGUCUGGACAGUGCUUUUCCCUUGAACAUAGACAUGACUAAGAUCAGUAUGUGUAAGCAAGAAGAUGGAGAAGGUGUGUCAGCGUUUCUCGCCUGUCUCACCGCCACGCACGAGAAACACAGUGGCCUGACCAGACCCGUGACCCUAGCUGCAGUGGAGGGCGCUCCUGAGCCUCACCAAGAUCGAGCAGUAUGCUGUGCAUGCAGAAAAGCUGCUGAAAGAAAAGGAGAAGUCAACACAAAAAGACCAAGACCUACACGCCACCACUCUCACUCUUCUCCAGACUGUUCAGCCUGGAGGAAGAGGCCCCGUGAGGAGUACAGCAAAGCAGACUGACGGGCGGACUCUGGGAAUGGGCCCUGCACAGAGAACAGGGGAGGUAACACACACACACACCUGAUGAUACACAUACACAUAGACAGGAGCAUUCACAUAACGUUAAACACAUUAGUAGCAGCACCUGCAUGCAACAGCAAGACUACACAGAAACGCCCGAUACACCAGUCCAGAUAGAUACACCUGAAGUUGCAUUCAGUUUGUUAAAAUACACAACUACUCCCUUCUUUAAACUCCCUUGUAUGCCCCUCACUGUGUGGGGGCAUGUGUUAACCUUUUUAGUAGAUUCUGGAGCAGGACACUCAGUGAUACAACAUGGGGUACUUCCAGUAGACCCACUGCUCAGCUCAAAUUAAAUUCAGAUGAUGGGCAUCUCAGGACAACCUGUAACCGAAACUUUCUCAGUCAACCUCCUGUGUAAAAGCGAAGGAGGAAUAGUUACAUCCCACUCAUUCCUCAUCUCACAUACAUGUCCAGUAAAUUUGUUAGCACAUGAUUUAAUGUGCAAAUUAGGAGUAAAUCUCACGUCCACUUCAGAUGGACUAACUACUGAAGUAAGUGAAAUGUGCGGUGUGCAGUAUGGGUUUGGAAGCCCUCUGUAUGUGUAUGUCUGGCGGCUCUGCUCAGAUCAACUUGCACAAACUCCAAAACACCUUGUACAGCUCGCACACUUGAACACCUCAUCAGUUGACACAGAUUAUAUGAAAGAGGAAGAUUUACACUGCACAGCACAUGUUCACCAAGGGCAAGAUGUAGAGUUUGAAAAGACUUGGUUUGCAGACCCCCACGCAUGUGAAAGAUUAACCCUCAAAACUACAUAUUGGUCUAAACAUUACUGCGCUGUACAGGUCCAUUUUACUCAUUGUCCGAACAACUGCAUCAGUGUUCAUCGCAGUGUUCUCAAACAUGUUAUAUGCAGCCUCAUGUCAGAGGACUCUGAGGUUGACUGCUGCCAACAUGAUUUCUUUGACAUCGUUAAUUCUAUACCCCAUGUCUCAUUAGCAAGGCCACGAGCCGCCCAUUAGAAAGACGUGGGGGAGUGGGUCAAGAAGUGUGCAGCCAAUGGCAAUGAAUGGUCCCAAACAGAGGACCCUAGUGUGUUGUUUUGCCAAAAGCUUGGGGUCUACAAGCAAAGUUAGGCUAUGUGUGUGCAUGUUAAACGCAGCGUAAUAUUAGCCACUUAUGACCGGGAUCCUGGGGACCCCGGCCAUAGUGGCCUGUUUGUCUCUGUUUCCACAGGCAUAACUCCAGCAGAGGUGCACCCCAAAUUGGCGGGAGUUCCAAAUUCCGUUUGGGCGAAGGGUAAACAUGAUGUAGGCCUAAUAAAGAAUGCUGAACCAGUGGUGAUCACCCCCAAAUCAGAUUUCAGGCCUAAACAGACCCAGUACCCACUCAAACCAGAAGCAAUCACAGGUAUAAGACUGGUCUUUGAUUCAUUGCUGAAGGCAGAUGUAAUUGUCCCUUGCCAGGACUCUCCAGUGCGCACUCCUAUUUUCCCAGUUAAGAAGGCAAGAAAACCGUCCCAGCCCGAUGAGUGGAGGUUUGUCCAAGAUCUGCAAGCAGUCAAUGCUGCAGCUGUCCCGCACGCGCCUGACGUCCCUAAAGAGCGCUCUGCAGACCACACCCACUCUGGGACUGCCUGACCCCAAUAAACCAUUUGUUCAAACUGUAGAUGGAAAGAAGGGUUUUAUGACCUCUGUUCUUUUGCAGAACACGGGGAUGGAGUGAAACCUGUAGCCUACUUCUCCAGCAGGCUGGAUCCAGUGGCGGCUGGACUUCCUGUUUGCCUGGGUGCAGUUGCUGCAGCUGAAAAUGCGGUAACUGCCUCCAGAAAUAUUGUGGGGUAUUCUAACCUCACCCUUUUGGUCCCACAUGCUGUCUCCCUGCUUCUGUUGGAGAAAAAGACAUCACAUUUGUCAGCACAGAGAUGAUUGAAGUAUAACACUGUCAUACUUGAUAUGCCUAACAUCAUUGUGAAACAUUGUUCUGUUCUGAAUUCUGCCUCUCUUCUCCCUACAGAGAACGAUGGAGAGCCACAUGACUGUGUUGCUCUCACUAACGAUUUUUGUUCCCCCAGGGAACAAAAAUUAAAGAGCGACCCUUUAGGAAAUCCAGACAUGGUCCUCUAUGUGGAUGGUUCAGCCUCCAGAGACCCAGAGACGGGAAAGAACAAAGUAGGUUUUGCCGUAGUCUCAGAUCACGAGGUCCUCAAGACGUCGUGUCUGCCCUCAAACCUGUCGGCGCAGGCCGCAGAGCUCUGUGCCCUUAUUGAGGCAUGUAAAUUGGCUGCAGGGCAAUCUGUCAAUAUUUUUACGGACAGUACGUAGGUACGCAUUUGGCGUUGUGCACGAUUUUGGCAUCAUUUGGAAACACAGAAAUUUUCUCAUUAGCACAGGAUCUCCCAUUGCACAUCAUAAACUGGUCUCUGAGUUGUUGGAUGCUAUUCUACUCCCUAGAGCCAUUGCUGUGUGUAAGUGUGUUGCCCAUACUAACAAUACUGAUCUUGUGUCUCAAGGAAAUGCCAGGGCGGACACGGCAGCUAAGUGUGCAGCCUCAGCUUCCAGUUCACCCUCUAACCUUGUUUUUCCUCAGGUUUCUACCCCCUGUUUACAGCUAGCAGACCUUCAGAGCACUGCCACUCAGGACGAGAGACGAGUCUGGAAACAGGCAGGCUGUAUCUUUGCAAACUUGGUCUGGGUUUGUCCCUCGGGCCGUCCCUGUCUACCAAAAUACAUGUUCCCUUUCUAUGCAAAAUUGGCACAUGGGCUCACCCAUGUGUCAAAAGGGGGGAUGGUAGCAGAAGUAACAAAGAGAUGGUUCACAAAUGGGUUUUCAAAUUAUGCUGCAAAAUUUUGCAAGCAAUGCUUGAUAUGCGCACAAAAUAAUGCAGGUCAAGGUAUCAAACUAACUCAAGCAGCACACCCAAUACCAGACAAACCAUUUGAUCAUCUCCAAAUAGACUUUAUUGAACUGACACCUAGUGAAGGGAAAAGGUAUUGCCUGGUAAUAGUUGACAUGUUUUCAAAAUGGGUUGAAGUAUUCCCCACAGCUAAACAAGACUCAGAGGCGGUAGUCAAAGCACUCCUGAGAGAUAUAAUUCCUAGGUGGGGUAUACCUAGCAAAAUCUCAAGUGACAAUGGAACACCCUUUGUUAAUGCAGCCCUAAAGAAAAUAGGAGCAUUCCUAGGGAUAGACCUGAAACAACAUUGUGCCUACCAUCCUGCCAGUGCAGGAGCAGUAGAGAGGUAAAAUGGGUCACUUAAAAAUAAACUAAGCAAAGCUUGUGCAGAAACAGGGCUAGGAUGGACAAAGGUCCUCCCUGUAGUACUCACACAAAUGAGGAUGCAAACUAGGCCUAAACAUGGGUUAAGCACAUUUGAAAUUCUGUUUGGAUGAAUACCAAACAUGGGGAUAGGGCCAGCCCAAGGAACACUGCCGAACAGCAGACUGUGUGAUGAUGCAAUGUUGAAUUACUGUGCAAUGUUGUCCUCUGCUUUUAAAUUUAUCCAUAAACAGGUAAAAGAAGCACUUCCCAAACCUGCUGAGGGAUCUACAACCAGGGGAUUGGAUCAUGGUGAAGGUCACAGGCAGAGUGACGUGGAUUCACGCUAGCCACUGCAGGAGGGUUCCUGAACCGGCUGAGCAGGAGGAAGAGGAAGGCCUAAGUGACCAGACACUGACUAAAGCUCGUGAGGAACAAAGGCAUCACUGCAUUCCAAUUCUAAGGUUCCUUCACUGGCUUCCAGUAAGCUACAGAAUUGGCUUUAAAGCAUUGCUGCUGGUGUAUAAAUCUCUAAAUGGUACAGGGCCCAAUUACCUCUCUGAUAUGUUGCAGCGGCCUAACCCAAUCAGAUCUACCAGAUCGCAGCAGCAAAAUUUACUGGUAAAACCUGUUGUUAAAGCAAAGUGUGGUGAAGCAGCUUUUAGCUACUAUGCAGUACAGCUAUGGAACCAACUCCCAGAGGACAUUAAAAAUGCUCCUGCUGUUGGCAGCUUUAAAUCUAGUUUAAAGACCAGGCUGUUUUCAGAUGCUUUCUGCUAACUGAUAAAUAUCAUCUUUACAUGUUUUAAACUUUACUUAACUUUUACAGUCUCUGCAUGUUUUAAACUUUACUUAACUUUUAUUCUAUUUUAUUCUGCUGUUUUUUACUGAACUUUUACUUCAUUUUAUUAUUUUAUUUCUACUAUUGUUUAAUUCUUAUUUUUCUCUCUCUUCUUCCCCCUUUAUUUUAUGUAAUUUUAUUUUGUAUUGUUUACUGUUUUGCUUUUACGUCUGUAAAGCACAUUGAACUGCCAACUGUGUAUGAAAUGCGCUAUAUAAAUAAACUUGCCUUGCCUUGCCUUGCAUGGAACAGUGCGAGUAUCACAUCAAUCACGCACGCACCCUCAAUAGGGAAGAGUAUUUCAGUGUCUAACCGAUAGAUAAGUCUUAGGGUUUCGAGUUUCCUCCAAGUCCCGGUGAGGUGGGACAAGGGCUGAUAGGGUGUGCCCGCCCUCUGAGCACCAGUACAUGUCAAGAAGGGCAAGGGUUAACUCGGUAACCUCAUUGAGGCACUGAACAAGAUGCGCAAGGUUGCUGAACAAUUACGAACAGAUGAACAUGGAGGAGUUGAAGACAGCUGAUGGUGUUAGUUCAGUGGAUGGAAGACUGAUUCUAUCCACCAUACCGGUCCUGGGCUUAGUGAUUGUGAUGCAAUGUUUGCUCCCUGUGUUCUGUCAAUGUUGUAUGUCUGUGUUUCAGAGGCAGCUGACAAAUAUCGGUUACCAGAUGGUGAAAAUAGACCCAGACGACUUGCCUGACUGGCCUCCAAAACCCACAUGAAGACCACAACCCACCAUUCGAUGACAUCAGCACAGUUGACAUGAAAUUAGCCUUAACUUAAAACAUUUUCAUUUGUGGUUGUUUCCUGUUCUAUUGUUUCCUGAUCUAUGUAUAUGGCUUGCUAGCAUUUACUUAAAGACGUCUAUGUCUUAUAAAAACAGCCUUAGCAUUAUCCCUGUACACUCAAUGACGUGUUAAGUCGAAUCUCUCUGAGAACUCUUAUCACUGAAACUGUGUACAGUUCUUUUCUUUUAGCAAUUAUUAUCCUGUAUGAUAAAAAGGGGGGAAAUGUGAGGGAAAUUUAAUGGACGAACAUUAUUAUUCUCUGUGUUUCUGUAUGUUGAGCUCAAGCGACUUAGUGAACUGAGAAAGAUGUUUUUCCACAUGCUGUAAUCGCCUUUCUGUGGCCUUGGUGAUAAGCAGGGUGCCUGAGUUCUCCAUAACUACGCAUCCGCCUGCACAUACCAGAGCACGCCAGGUGCACGCUUUAACAAAGCUUCAUAGAAAAUCUUGAGCCAAUCACGUGAAGAUGCAAGCAGUAAGCGAAUGCCUUUAGAGUAUAAUAGAUAACAGCCACUAAAACAAAACUCAGAGUGCGCGUACUCUCGGCAUUAUCAGAAGUGGUGUCUUCUUCUAUUCUCUUUCCUUUCCUAUUUUAUAUAUCUGUUAUAUGAUCUACUGUAAUAAAUAACUGAAAAGAC